UCGGACGCGCCGCGCCGCUCGCGAUAUCCGCAACAUCGCGAAACGGAACCGACGCGCGAAAAAAACAUAACAUAAAAACAAUAGAAGAUUAAAAAAGAAAAAAAUACAGAUUAAUUAUUUUUCUCUGUGAUUGACUGUGCUUGUGAAGUGAGUUUUUGUCGGAAUAGGAAGUUUUUAAUUGUCUGUCUACAAAGAGACGUUUUAAGGUAAAAGGACCUGCAAACUAUGUGGUUGUACACAGCUACUACUGAAAUCUUCAAACUGUGCGCUCUUACGUACAUAACGCCUUGUCGGUAGUCCACCGGCCGAAGAGACUAUUGAAACAGUCAAAAUGGAAGAAAAAUAUAACAGUCCCAGGUUCACAGUGUCGGUUGUGGAGCCGGAAUCAAAGAAGAAUGGCAUCCACAUGGGAGCAAGCAUCAUCUCCCGGCCGCUGCGGUCCUCAGCCGAGACCGCCGAGCGAGGAGUCGCCGUGGUCGCCCCUAGCCAGCCAGAUACCUGGCUUCAUGAUGCCGGGUGGCGACGAAAAAGGUCGCUGGCACAGCUUACCAGAGAAGCACUCCCAAGAAUGGAGAAUUAUAGGAAUUCAAAAAGAGCGCUGAAGAGGCCAAGCUUGGGCGAGCUACAUGGGGACCAUUUAAUUACUGAAGAGGACGAGAGAGACACGAAGCGCGACACCAAGUCACCGACGCCGGCGAUCGGAAUCAAAUUAGGAUGGAUCCAAGGCGUGCUAAUACCAUGUCUGCUCAACAUCUGGGGCGUGAUGCUCUUCCUGCGGAUCUCGUGGGUGGUGUCUCAAGCUGGCAUCGGGCUCUCGCUGAUCAUCAUCGCCAUCUCUGCCGUCGUGUGCGUCAUCACAACGCUAUCUAUGAGUGCGAUAUGUACCAACGGCGAGGUCAAAGGAGGUGGGAUUUACUACAUCAUCUCCCGCUCCCUCGGGCCCGAGUUCGGAGCGUCAGUCGGCAUCAUCUUCGCGUUCGCCAACGCUGUCGCGGCCAGCAUGAACACAAUCGGUUUCUGCGACUCAUUGAAUGACCUGUUAGGUCCGAACGGAGGAAUAUUCUCCGACAAGAUGAACGACACGAGACUCAUCGGGAGUAUUGCGCUGCUGGUCAUGUGCAUCAUUUGCGCGAUUGGCAUGGAUUGGGAAAGCAAGGCUCAGAACUUCCUGAUCGCAAUCAUCAUCGCGGCUAUAGUGGACUUCGUGGUCGGAACACUCAUGGGACCACAAGACAACGAGUCCAUCGCACGCGGUUUCGUUGGACUUAGUGCGCAAACGUUCAGCACUAACUUCAACCCAGACUGGCGGUUUAGUGAAGGGUUAAACCAGGACUUCUUCAGCGUGUUUGCCAUCUUCUUCCCAUCCGUCACCGGCAUUCAGGCUGGUGCCAACAUUUCCGGCGACCUCAAGGACCCAGCGUCAGCCAUCCCGAAAGGCACGCUUCUAUCCCUGCUGAUAUCCAUGAUAAGCUACGCGCUGAUGGUUCUGUUCUCCGGCGGCGGCGCCCUGCGAGAUGCCAGCGGCAACGUCACAGACCUCGUCAUAGACAACGGCACCUUUGUAGAUCUGGGUACGGUCUCCGCCUGCGCUAACUCUACAGCCGGAUGUCCGAAUGGACUGCACAAUGAUUAUUCCGUUAUGCAGCUGAUGUCAGCGUGGGGCCCGCUCAUCUACGGCGGGUGCUGGGCGGCCACUCUUUCCACGGCGCUGACCAACCUGCUGUCCGUCCCGCGGCUCAUCCAGGCGCUGGGCGUCGACCGCAUCUACCCUGGCCUCAUCUUCUUCUCCAAGGGCUACGGGAAACAUGGCGAGCCUUACAGAGGAUACGUGCUCACGUUUUUGGUGUCGCUUAUCUUCUUACUUAUCGCCGACCUGAACACCAUCGCGCCGCUGAUCUCCAACUUCUACCUGGCCUCAUACGCGCUCAUCAACUUCUGCACCUUCCACGCGGCGCUCGUGCGGCCGCUAGGCUGGCGCCCUACUUUCAGGUUUUACAACAUGUGGAUAUCGCUAGCUGGGUUCCUGAUGUGCGUGGCCAUCAUGCUGCUCAUCAGCUGGAAGAUGUCGCUCAUCACCUUCGCCAUAUUCCUCACGCUAUACCUCAUCGUACACUACCGGAAGCCAGAUGUAAACUGGGGCAGCAGUACCCAAGCUCAAAUGUACAAGACGGCGCUCUCGAGUGCACACAACUUGGCCCGCACCGGGGAGCACGUGAAGAACUACUGGCCGCAGCUGUUGGUGCUGGCUGGUCGGCCUCAGGCUCGCCCGGCGCUCAUAGACCUGGGCCAUCUCAUCACGAAGGCUGGCUCGCUGAUGAUCGUCGGAGAUGUGACCCAGGGCAAGCUAUCCUACAAGGAGCGCAGCGCUCGCGCCCGGUCCAACGACGAGUGGCUUCGAGGGCGCAAAAUCAAGGCGUUCAGCGCCAGCGUCCACGGGUUCAACUUUGAACAGGGCGCCCGGGCUCUCAUACAAGCGGCCGGUGUUGGGCGGCUGUCCCCUAACGUCAUGCUUAUGGGGUACAAGGCGGACUGGGCUACGGCGCCCGCCAGCGAUCUGGAGGCUUACUUCAAUGUGCUACACACAGCCUUCGAGAACCGUCUAGCCGUAGCCAUUCUCCGCGUGGCCGGCGGGCUGGACUACGGUCCAGUGACGGCAGAGGAUGCGCCGGUCACAGGACUCACGGCGACUUCCAGCGGUAGCGGAGACCUGCGGGUGCGCUCGCCUAAUGUCAUGAUGCACGCUGAUUCUGACCUUGACAUAAGGGGUGAUUCGCAGCCUUCCAGCAGGCAUAAUCUGCAAAGUUUGUUGACGAUGACAACUUCGAGAUCGUUCACGAUUUCGGAGGCAAAAGAGAACGGCAAGAAGAAGCCCAUGGACAUCCAUCGACAAAUAGUAUAUAAGGCGUCCAAUGGCGUGGAGCUCUCUAAGGAUCAGCUAUCACAGAUGACCAUUUUCCAAAAGAAACAGGAAUCAGGCACUCUGGACGUCUGGUGGCUGUACGACGACGGCGGUCUGACGAUCCUGCUGCCUUACAUCCUGUCGCAGCGUGCUGCGUGGUCGCACUGCAAGCUGCGUGUGUUCGCGCUCGCCAACCGGCGGCAUGAACUGGAAUUGGAGGAGAGAAAUAUGGCUAACCUAUUAUCGAAGUUCCGUAUCGACUAUUCGUCGCUGACGAUGGUGCAGGACAUCACCGAAGCUCCGCAGGCGGAGACGAAGAAACUGUUCGACGACCUGGUUGCCAAAUUCGCUGACAACACUAAUGAAGAAUCUAAAAUAAGCGAGGUGGAACUUCUAACGUUAGCCGAGAAGACUAACCGACAGCUGCGUCUACGAGAGCUACUUCUAGAGAAGUCCAAAGACGCCAACCUGGUGGUUAUGUCCCUACCGAUGCCUAGGAAGGGUUCGGUGUCAGCUCCGCUGUACAUGGCGUGGCUGGAGGUGUUGAGCCGCGACCUGCCGCCCAUGCUGUUCGUGCGAGGGAACCACACCUCCGUCCUCACCUUCUACUCCUAGGUGUCGAGACUGUCGAGGCACAGACUUUAUCCUACUACUCCUAGACGAUCGAGGCAUCUGAGUUCAAGUCUGCUUGAUCCUUCAACUACUUGACGAUCAAGGCACAAACUUGAUCAACACGGAUUUUGGGAAAAACUUAAUAAUGAACCACGAACCCUUAAACAUCUUGGUUGCACAAACCAGGGAUUCUAACAAAACGUAUAAUCUGAGUCUGUCCCGACAAUACGGAAGAGCGAUAGAGAUAACUACGAUACGGUAAAGAUGCUUCGGAAGACUUAUAUUGACCCGGGAUAUAGACCUUUUAAAUGUUUAUUGAGGUCCCGAUAUUUCGAUUCAUUUGCAUGCAUCAUGAUCACGGGGGUCUAUAUCCCGGUCAAUAUACCUAAGUAAUGAAACUAACCGUGAAUAAUUUAAAACUUUUAAUGCAUCGGAAGUCACUAGUUUGUGUUUACACUAUUGGAUGGAGCGUCCGUUAUCUAUAUUAUCAUCAUCGGCCUUCAAGUCUCUAACAGACUAUUCAAGCAGUGUCAGGCGGGGCGACAAUGUUUUUCGUGGCUAUGUAUAAGUAAGCCAAUACGGGAGCGGCAAACACGACCACAACUUUGGCAAGUGUGGUGCAUGAAGAGGUAUCGCGUGGGUAACGCUUGGCUCGCUUACUUGCGAGUGCCGCAAACCAAGUAUUGUCGUCCAUCAAACACCAAUUUGCGCGACUUGUAAGGCAAGCGGCAAGCUCUUCCCAUUUGUGGACCGGGAUGUUGAAGGCGUGCAUGUCUCGUUUGGCGCAAUCUUUAUGACGUAGCAUUGGCCGGCCGACGCUUCUCUUGGCAUCAGCUAUGGCACCAAGCAAGACACGCCGCGGCAAACGAGAAGGUUGCAUUGCAUUCGAUGCACAUGCCCCAGACAGCGUAAGCGUCUCUGCUUUAGCAGCGCAAAGAGGCUGGCUAUACCUAUAUGGUUAUGUAUUUACGUUCCUAGCCUCGCAAUCAAUUAUUUUCUUUAUUCAAACUAAUAGUAAUUUUCAUCCGAUCCGUUUUAAAAGAUUUGAUGCUAGCAGAAAACAUUAAAAUAAAUAACUAUUUAACCUUAGAACGUUUUCACAUUAUCCGAUCCGAUAUCGGCUGUAAGAAAGGCUAAGAUGGCGGCUUUAUUAUAUAGUAUAUCGGUCCUACGUCCGAUAUUGGAUCGGGUAAUAUGAAAACGCUAUUAUACUUAAUACAUUAAUUACAUAAUAAUUAAUACGCUUGUUUCAAAGUACGUUAAUUUUUCCUUAUUUUUUAAGAAGUACAAUAGGUAUGCGAAUAAACUUAUUUAUAAGUAUUUAAUAUUAAGUUAUAUU